GAGGCGCGUGGAGAGCUGAAGGAGAACAGCUGAUCAUCUGGAAGCCCGUCGCUGCGAGGUUUAAUAGAGGCUCACAACGUGUGCUUGUUUCCGGAAUAUUCUCACCAGCAUUUGGAGAGAGCCGUGUAAUAGGCUAAAUAGAUCACAAUGAUGACCAAACCAUAUAGGAAGCCUGGAGACGUGACUGAGCUGGUCAGUUCUUUGGGUUGGAUUGAGGAAGAUCUGAGCUCUCAAGACGGCGAGCAAACACCAGACAUGGGAGACCACUAUAGCCUGAACAGAAGGAAUAAUCACAUCCCUAUGGAUCUAGGCAGUGAGGACAUGGAGGAGGAAGAGGAAGAGGAGGAGGGAGAGUUUGGACUGGAUGGGGAGAAGGCACCAAAACGUCGGGGACCCAAGAAGAAGAAGAUGACAAAAGCUAGGAUCGAACGUUUCCGUGCCCGACGAGUUAAAGCAAAUGCCAGAGAGCGCACACGCAUGCACGGACUCAAUGAUGCCCUGGACAAUCUACGGCGCGUCAUGCCAUGCUACUCCAAGACACAGAAACUGUCUAAGAUUGAAACUCUGCGACUGGCACGCAACUACAUCUGGGCUUUAUCAGAGGUUCUUGAGAGUGGUCAGUCACCAGAAAGUCAUGGUUUUCUGGAGAUGCUCUGCAAAGGGCUCUCACAGCCCACCAGCAACCUGGUGGCUGGCUGCCUCCAGCUGGGUCCUACAGCCAUGUUGCUGAGUAAACUUGAUGAGAAGAGCGGACCCUUGGAAGCAGUGAGCGCUCAGCAGGCACAUGCUUUGAGUUUCCCAUCACCUGGUCUUCCUAGCCCUCCCUACGGCUCCUUGGAGGCCUCCCACCUUCUUCACCUGAAGGGGUUCAAAGGAGCAACCUAUGAGAAUCACUCACCCAAUGAGUGUAGCAAUGGUACGCCGCCAUAUGACGGCCCUCUCACGCCACCCCUCAGCAUCAGUGGCAACUUCGCCCUGAAGCAAGAGCCUGACACUGAGAGGAACUACACUCCACAUUCCACACAUGCAACCCACUAUCUGUCUUCUCACCACUACCCAGCAUCCUCCAUGGCUGGAUUGCCUCAGGGCCAUGCACUGUUCCCUGGAUCCCGUUAUGAGCUUCCUUUAGAUAUCACUUUUGAGUCAUUUGCUGCACCACAUAUAGUGAGCUCACAGAUGGGCACUAUUUACAAUGAAUGAACAGCCAUGGCUGCCACAGAACUCAGAGCGUGUAUCCAGAAUUCAAAGAAUUCAAAACAAAAAGUGACACUGAGGGAAACUGCAGCCUGCCUGAUGCAGAAGAAUUGCAGAGAUACUUAUUUUGAUUAAUUUAUUCUUGCAUUUGUGUUCACUGAUUUGGCUCGUGACAUCUUCUGGAUUUUCUUCUUUCGCAUUCAUGACUGACCUUAAAUCCUCCUUCUAGAUAGAGAAGGUCCCUUAUGCAUAUGCUAUAAAAGCUAUACACCCCUCUCCUUCCUACACAAUAUUUUUCUAAACCUUCUACAUGACUUUCCUUCUGCUCAAAGGCCAAUUUCAUUAAAGACCCUUCUAAAAGCAAUACAUUUCACCAUGAAGACAUACAAAUGCAUUUAUUUAUAGCCGUAUUUAAUAUUUAUUUUGACUGUGAUUUUAUAGAAACAGUCCGCACUGGUUCAUCAUGUUGUUAC